AUGCCUGAAAGUAUGAAUCAAAUGCUAUUUGUCUGUAAAUGGUUAUAUUCUCAUUUGGAAUCACAACAUUUUGAAACCCAGGAGAAACUUAGAAAUCACAUCGAUAAACACGACAUUAAUUCAUGCAACAGAUCAUCUCUAGGUUAUAUAUGUCCGUGGGAAUGUUGCAAUAAGCAUCAAAGUAGUAUUAUUAAAUUAGAAGAACAUUUAUGUGGACACACUCGACAAAGAUUAUUCAAG